AGACACACCGGGCUUAGACGUGAAAUAGCUGCACUCUUUCGGCCCUCCUUUGUAGCCGAAAAAACCAUUAGCAGCAGCAGCAUUUCUCAUUUUCUUCUUCUUUUUGUUACCCAAAUGCUCCUCUCAUGUCGAUUCUGAUCGGGUCCCAACCCUAUCAAACCCAUUUGAUAUGCAUUUGUGUCUGAUAUGUAUCACGCUCUGGGCACGACCCGCCUAAUAUACCGUGCCCGCAUCUCAAGAUUCGUUAAAACUGGCCUCAUCGACCAAGCCGUCCACCUGUUCGACGAAAUGGCUCAAUCAGAUUGCCGAGUCUUUGGCAUCGACUACAACCGAUUCAUCGGCGUCCUUAUUCGUCAUUCCCUUUUCGACUUAGCUGAACGCUACUACUUCCAAAUGUUCCCUCAGGGUUUCUCUCUGACCCCAUUUACUUACUCUCGAUUUAUCUCUGGUUUAUGCACUGUCAAAAACUUUAGUCUCAUUGAGCUUCUUUUAGAUGAUAUGGAUAAAUUGAAUUAUGUUCCUGAUAUUUGGGCUUUUAACGUUUAUUUGAAUCUUUUGUUUAAAGAGAAAAAGGUAGAGUUAGCUUUAGAGGUUUUUUAUAGCGUAGCUGAGAAAGGGAGAGACCCAGAUGUUGUAACGUAUACGAUAAUGAUUGAUGGGAUGUGUAAAGCUGGGAAGCUUGAUAAUGCUGUUGAGUUUUGGAAGGAAAUGGUGGGGAAAGGUUUAAAACCAGAUAAGAAAGCCUGUUGUGCGCUUGUCAUUUGGUUGUGCGAAGGUGGGAAGGUUGAUUUGGCGUAUGAGCUUGUUAUUGAGGUGAUUAAGGGUGGAGAUGUAGAGUUUAGUUCAUUGCUCUUUAAUGCACUGAUUAAUGGGUUUUGUAAAAUGAGGAGAAUCGAUAAGGCGCAAGCAAUAAAGUCGUUUAUGACAAAAAAUGGGUGUCAGCCGGAUUUGGUUACUUAUAAUAUUCUGUUGAAUUAUUGUUGUAAUGAGCUUAUGUUGGAGGAGGCAGAGAAGUUGAUGAAGAAGAUGGAGAGGAAUGGGAUGGGACCCGAUGUUUAUAGUUAUAACCAGAUGAUUAAGGGGCUUUGUAAUGCUGAUAGGUUGGACAAAGCAUACUUCUUGAUGGUUAAUAAGAUGGAGCCGAAAGGGUUGGCUGAUGCUGUUUCUUAUAAUACCAUUAUCAAAGCAUUUUGCAAAGGUGGUCAUGUUCGAAAAGCUUACAAACUUUUUGAGGAAAUGGGUAGGAAGGGGAUUUCACCCGAUGUUGCGACGUACACAACUCUUAUAAAAGCUUGUCUUAAUGAAGGUAAUUCCGAUGUAGCUAAAGCACUUAUCGAUCAUAUGUCAGGGAUGCGUCUGUUGCCUGAUCAGAUUUUCUAUACUACGAUUAUUGACCACCUAUGCAAAAGUGGGAAAGUUGAAAGGGCUUGUGGAAUUUUUAAUGACAUGAUAAUGCAGGGAGUUAACCCUGAUGUGAUUUCAUACAAUGCCCUCAUCAAUGGGUUUUGCAAGUCUAACAGAGUAAAUGAAGCUUUACAACUAUACGAGGAAAUGCAGACUAAAGGGUUCUCUCCAGAUGAAACAACUUACAAAUUGAUAAUUGGAGGGCUUGUACGGGAAAGGAAACUUGCUAAGGCUUGCAAAGUAUGGGAUCAAAUGAUGGAGAAGGGUUUUACUCUUGAUGGAGCUCUUUCGGAGACACUGAUCAAUGCUAUCCAAUCAACAGACUCUGCAUAAAAGUGGUGAACUAUUUGUUUUGGUAUUGAAUAGCCAUAUGGAUGGAUUGUUUGCUGCUCUUCUUAUGAUCCUUUAUUCUUGCCACUGUUUUGCCCUUUCUGCAGACUCUUAGAAAAUAAAUCUCAGGGGGAGCUUCGCCAUGCUAUGCUUGAAAUUGGACAGGGUGAUUCCAAGCGUUGUGAGCUCAAAACCGUACGUUGCUUUCAAAUCAAUAAAUACUUUCUUCAUGUUUAUGAAUGGCUUAUCAACAUGUUGAAACCAACCCACAUUUUAUCGAAGAUCCUGACAGAAUAACGCCCGAGCAACAGCAUGAUCUACCUGCUACCUUGCUGCCGCAACGUGGUCGCGACCAGCGUGUCCCACGACGAGGUCCUAUAGACCAAGACUUGCAUCCUCAUCCACUUGGCCCAUCGCAGCCGGAGCCACAUCAUGACAGCCAACCUCACCUGCCACUUCAUGUUUGGGUGCCGCCACCAGUACAUCAUGAAGAUCGACGCCCCCAAUUACGAUCACGACCUUCACAGUUUGAAGGUCCAACUCCAGAAGAAGUAAUGCUACAACCCCAUCUUCAUGGCCAACAUCCUAGCUCAUCAUCGGUAAGACCGCAGCAUGAAAUCAACGAAGGUGACCAGCACCAACGCUGGCAUCCCCAGCAGCACCGUCCUCACUCUGGUGUUUUCCUCCCAAGUGUCCGUCAAACCGACCCUCUAACAUUAUCUACGGCAACUUCCUGUGUAAUUUUUUGGCUGAUCGUGAUACUUGCAGGCCUACUUGUUCUUGUGGUCUAUCUCAUCUUUCGACCACAUAGACCACUCUUCGAUCUCAACGGCUUCACCUUGAACGCGGCCACCCUCGACACAGGUUACCUGCUGGAUGCAGAUGUCACUCUACUGGUUAACUUCACAAAUCCGAACAAGAAAGUGAGCAUUGAUUUCAAUCACUUGUCUCUUGAUCUUUACUUCGACGAAACCUUGAUUGCUACUCAAUACAUAGAACCUUUCUCAGCUGCAAAAGGUCAGACCAUGUUUGCAAGUAUUCAUAUGAUAGCCAGUCAGGUUAGUCUUUCAAUGAAAGAAGCACUGCUGUUUGAGAACCAGAUCAAGAACAAUCAAGUUCUAUUUUCGGUCAAAGGGGCAUUUCGAGCUCGAUCCAAACUCGGAGGGUUUAUGAAAUAUUCGUAUUGGUUACAUAGUUAUUGUGGCAUCAUGGUUUCAAGCCCUCCAACUGGGGUCUUGAGAGAAAAAAUUUGCAGAACUAAACACUGAUGAAGAAUCCAUUUGUAAUUGUCUUAUUACUUUUUGUCCCUUUGUAUCUUUGUGUUUAAAAUUGAUGAUAAUAUAAUCAUAAAUUAGGCUUU